GCUUGCUUUCCUUGUGGUUAUUAUAUAACUGUGCGCGCGUAGUUUGUUUUUAAAUUUGUACUUGAAGCAAAAGUAUUCUAUAAAGGGUUGGCUUUAAACAUGUAUAUCACCGAACAAGAGCUGAGUGGCUUUGACACAUAUAAGUAUAGUUGCAAAGACACUUCCCCGCUUUCCAACUAUGUGAUGCACCCAUUCUGGAACGAAGCAGUUAAGCUUUUCCCUCGUUGGUUGGCUCCGAAUGUAAUGACAUUUGGAGGUUUUGUGUUGCUAAUUUUACAAUACAUUUUGCUGUGGUACUUCGAUCCAACAUACUAUGCCAGCACAGCAGACAUUGCUUAUCCUCCCAUUCCUACAUGGGUGUGGUGGUUCAGUUUGUUUGCUCAAUUCUUCUCACAUACUUUAGAUGGAUGUGAUGGAAAACAAGCGCGAAGAACUGGAACUUCAUCUCCACUUGGUGAACUGUUUGAUCAUGGGAUCGAUUCAUGGUGUGUCUCUCUUUUUACACUCAACAUUUUGUCAGUGUUUGGACGAGACCUUGCACCAGUUUCAUUGAUGUAUUCUGUACAAUGCAUGACUUUGAUGACAUUCCUUCUCUCACACUGGGAAAAAUAUAACACUGGAAUUUUAUUUUUGCCAUGGGCCUAUGAUCUCAGCCAAGUGUUGAUGGCCAUUGUUUACUUUAUAACAGCUGUGAGUGGGGUUGGUGUAUGGAGAGGAACCUUGCUUGGUUAUGAAGUCACUAUUUUGUUUAAAGUAGUGUUAUAUGUUGCAACAUUUGGUUUUGCUGUGCCUAUGUGUCUGUACAACAUAUACAUAGCCAAUAAAAAUGGAACUGGCAAAAACCUGACAUUUUAUGAAGGUUCAUUACCACUUCUCUCACCACUGUUGAGCUUCACAAUCCUCACAACAUGGAUCUAUAUUUCGCCAUCAAACGUGUUGAGCACAAAUCCAAGGAUUUUCAUGUUGAUAAUUAGUGUUCUAUUUUCUAAUAUUCUUUGCCGAUUAAUUGUGUCACAAAUGUCAAAUACUCGAUGCCAAGUUUUCAACAAAUUUGUGUUUUUCAUCGGGGCUGGAUUCGCUGUUACUUUAUAUUUCCACAAUCCUGUUAUUGAGAAUUACAUAUUAUUGACCCUUGCUAUUGGACUCACAGUGGCUCACAUACAUUAUGCUAUAACUGUGGUUAACAAGCUCGCUGCUCAUUUCGGAAUCAAAGUUUUUUCAAUAAAACAAGAUUCGGAUUGACAUGCAGCACCCAGUGUGACUGCAAAUGAUGCAGUUCAUGCUGGGGUUUGACAUUUCUCAGGUUAUUGAUGUUUCAAUAUGAGCUGGUAUACGAAAACCCUGGAAGAGUUUUUCUUUAUUACAAAGUGUCACUUCACAUUGACAUUCACCAGAAGCUGUUUAUUAUAUACAAAUUAAAACUUGGUCAAAUAUUUUACUAUUUUAGUUCUUUCCUUAUUUUAAUAUUGACAGAAAAAUAACGCAUUGAUCUACUGUAACUCACUUACAUUACUUAAAGGGUCAUACCAACGAAAAAUG